AUGGCUCUUUCAGAAGAAUCAGCAGCAGAUGAACCCCUAUUUGGUUGUAUUGCAAAAACUCGUCUCUGUUUUCAUCAUCUUCUUCUUUCGCCAUCUUCCCCAAACCCUCGUCGCACACGUCAAAUACCCCACCUUUGACACUCCCACUCUUCGGAUACCCAAAUUCCUCAAUUUGAAGAAGAGAGCACACACGACAUAACCCUUCGCUUCAACAACUCUUUCCCCUUUGAUCCCACGCCUAUGGCUAAGGGUUACUGCUAACAACAGCGAGGGAAAAUUGGGGAAAUAUUUGUACAAACUGCGAGGUUUCAAAAUUCUCGUUCCUAACACAAGGGUGUUUUUGAAUUUCGUAUUGGUGGAUUUUGAUACACAAAUGCUGCACGACUUCUGUAUAGUUCAAAGCGGAAGCAAUAUUGUUUUAUGAGGGUUUUCCCUCAGGAGUAGUUGAAAGUGCAACAGAAACUUUGCUGUUGUACAAUAACAAGUCUUUUAAUGGAAGAUUUAGGCGGUAGUCGAUUUGAUGGCCUCAGCAAUGCUGUGAGAAGGAAGAGGAGUCAAACUUCGCGCAGGCCUCGACCUGAUUCACAGCCUGUUUCUGAAGGUCAGGAGCUGUCUCCCAUGUCAUCCACACCGCCUUCAGAGGAUGCCGGCAAGGCCUCCAGUGAUGAGAACGCUGGUUUUGAUACUAAUUCCAAGAGAAAGGAAUUCAAUCUUAACCAUUGCGUCUCGCAGACCUCGUCUGGUACUGGCGUUGAUGAUGAUAAAUUCCAUAAAAAGAGUAAAAAGGAUGGAGGGUUCCAUGCGUUUUAUAAUAAUGAGCCUGGACGAAGUGGUUUACAUAAUAAACGCUGUAGUGAAGGCGUUCUUGCCCCGGCAAAUUGGAAAGGUUCUAGCAAAGUGAAGGAUAACUUCGAUUCAGAGUCAAGAAAUCCAGACUUAUAUGCCGGAAGGAAUCCCGAGAGUCUGAGUUUGGGGCAGUUUGGUGGUUCUUCUCAGGAUGGAUCAGGGAGUGAGAACAGGGUUAAGAAGGUUAAACUCAAGGUUGGCGGUGUUACACGUACUAUUCAAGCCAACUCAGCAUCCAAUGGUGCUUCAGGAAGUGGGUCAACUGCAAAGAGCUCUCGUUCAUCAGAUGCCUCCAGACCACGCCAAAAGCACCAGAGUAAUUCAGAUGAUAAUAAUUCUCCUUCUGAUAAGAGGAGUGGUCUACAGGGUGUUCCAUGGAAGGAUUUCUCGAGGGGUGGUUUUGGUCUAGGGAAGGAGGAAUCUCUGAUGGGGAAGAUAUCUGGAAAGAAUGCAUCUAGUAAGCUGGGAGACAAGUCUGAACCAGUUCGUAAGAGCAAGCGAGUGCCGAAGAGACGUGUACUUGAUGGAGAAUUUGGUGAUGAAGAUGACGAGGAUGAUGAGAUUCGAUACUUGGAAAAGCUGAAAACAUCAAAAGUUUCUGCAGUCUAUAGAGAUGAAGAGGAAGUAGGCAAAAAGCACCGAAAACUCUCUAGUGUCUCUAAUAUGGAAAAUGCUACCUUGUCAAGGUCAGGUAAAGAUGGUAAGAAAAGGUCUAGAUCUGAUAGAAUGUAUGAGGACACAGAUUAUGAGGGUGAAGAGGAGUCAGGGUCUGAUGGUGAGCUUGAGGAUAAGAAAAAGAAAAAACAGAGGAAGGAAUCUGUUGAUGUAUUGAUGGACAGCAAGAGGGAAAUGACUCUUACAACACGUCAACGGGCCCUUCAAUCAAGCAAAGAUGCCUCUGCGUCUGGCACUAGUUUAAUUGAGUUUCCCAACGGAUUACCACCAGCCCCGCCUAGAAAGCAAAAGGAGAAGCUUACGGAAGUAGAGCAACAAUUGAAGAAAGCUGAGGCUGCCCAGAGGCGGAGAAUGCAAGUUGAGAAGGCUGCCAGGGAAUCUGAGGCUGAAGCUAUCAGAAAAAUACUUGGUCAAGACUCCAGUAGGAAGAAGCGAGAAGAGAAAAUGAAGAAGCGCCAGGAAGAGCUGGCACAGGAAAAGGCAGCAAAUGCACGAAUGCUUGCAUCAAAUACCAUCAGAUACGUGAUGGGUCCGACUGGGACAAUUGUGACUUUUCCUGAGGAAAUGGGUCUCCCUUGCGUAUUCAACUCCAAACCUGUCAGUUAUCCUCCACCUCGCGAGAAGUGUGCCGGUCCAUCUUGCGUGAACCCUUACAAGUAUCGGGAUUCUAAAUCAAAGCUUCCUCUUUGUAGUCUCCAAUGCUACAAGGCCGUCCAGGAGAAGAUGGCGGCUGAAACUACCUGUUGAUGUUGUUAAUGGUCUUCUAUUUCAGGCUUCUGCCAGUUAUAUGGCACCAUUGAUGUUUUUAUCUUUGACCAGAGGCUUUAGCCAAGCAAAUGUGCGUUGAGCAUUUGGUAGAGAGCUCUAUUACCCAUUUUGUUUUAUUUUAUAUUUUACAAUGCUGGUAUGGGUGGUUUUGUGAUAAAUCAUCCAGUUAAUCGGAAAUGGAUACAGCAUGGACAGACCCAACUUGUUCUGUUUAUUACCCUGCCUUUUUUUCGUAGCAACACUCAAUGAAUCAUUUUGGCAGUAAUUUACUGUAGGGGAAAUUAAAGCAACUUUUUUUAUUUGCGU